GAUAAGCUGACCACUUCUCUUCCACUUGUUUCACAUUCUUGGAUUCAGUUUGGACUGCCCUCAUUUGGCCUGACACAGACUUUUGGCUGUCCUCUACUUGGAAACCAACAGUUGAAUUGCCAUCAUUCACUCAAUCGGCGUUGGAAAUUAUGGGCGAGUUCUAGCCACCAGCUGAUGGCGAAGCACAAAGACUUGGAUAUGGCCUUGGUCUCUAGCUAUUCGUCCGACAAUCCUACAUUCCUCGCUAUUCCAAUUCAACCAUGCGCGAUCCCACCUCCUACGCCAAAGACUGACGAUAUCGUCUCGAAGAAAAUAUACGCUGUUUUGUCAAAAGCCUAAGAGAACUCAAACCGAUUAAACGGCACGGAUCUGGUCCGAAAGACGCCACGAUGAAUACACGCAGUGUCUCCGUUGUGAUUUCCCCUCCUCCAUUCGACCCGAAUUCCUAUGACCCCAUCGACCAAGACUAUCUCGAGCGUACCUGGGACAAGAUUCUGUCGGAUGAGUCCAGCUUCAAUAGCAGCUUUGAUGAAUACCCCGGGAACAUGACGAUGGAUGGCAGUUGCGAACCAAUGGAUGGGGCGGCUCUCAAUCCCAGGAGAGACCCAGGACAUGCGAGAUCUCCUUACUUUACAUCGCAAACGUCUUCAAGGAAACGCACAGUGUCAACGCGACAAAUCAUGAGGAUCGACAGCGAGAGCGACGCUGACGAGAGUGUUGAAGAGGAAGCCAAUACCCUGAAUGACCUGGACUCUGCCUCGAACGCCAGCUUCGAUUCCGAACACAAAAGCGUCGAGGCCUGGGAAAAGGACCCUACCUUGGAUGAAAUGGAAGCGAAAGUCUUUGCUCCGAUCAGUGCAGAUGAGCAUACAAGGCUGGUUUAUUACAUUGCUGAGCAAACUUUCUUCAAGAACAGUGCAUAUCCAGUAAAGCGCUCAGAGCGACGCGAGUUUGUCCGUGGUAUACGCCAAAUCGCAACCGAUAUUGGAAUCAAUGAAGAUAUCACCGAGAACAUCAUCGCUUACGUCAAAAAGUUGUAUCUCUCUGCUAGUGGAUGGGGUCAUGUAUGCGAGAGUGGGUCUGAAUAUGGUGACGAGAUCGAUGAUGAGCCGGCAAAAACCACGAAAUUGGCAAAGAAAGCAAAGAAAAAUCGCAAAAGGAAGCGAGCUGUCUCAGAUAAAUCAACAGAUCGGUCUACGAAAAGAACAAAAGAUACUGAGAAUGAAGUUCACUCGGAGGAAACCUCAAGACCUACCUUGGAUUUGACUAUCCCAAAGCCUCAGCUCCCGGACACAACGCCUGAUUUCCUCCAUAAGACCAGCGAGACCGUGGAUCCAGAUCCAAGUAACAGUGAUCAAUCAACACCAUCUACGUCUACAAAGCGACACGCAAAAGUUGACGGCAAUGAAAGCAAACGCUCUCGUCAGGCCCCCUCGAAACUCCGUGAGAAAUCAAUCAUUCUUUCUGACCGCGAACAGUCUGCACAGUUUCUUGAAGCGAACAUCUCGCCACGGCAUACGCUCAAAAAGCUACAUGAUCAGCGUGCAAAUCCAUCUUGUUUGAACUCGGUUUCUCCAGACGACCCGAGUGUUCUGAAGGGGCCUUCAAAGAAGUCAAGAAAACGGAGAAGAAAGAAGAAGAGAAAAUCGCAAAAGGCCCGUGAAACCUCCAACUUCUUCGAUAAGUCGAGAGAUCCGCCAAUGGGUGCUCCAAAAAACAGCCAAACAGCCAGCUCAGUGGCGCCCAAGAAAUCUAAGCCUGCUGCUGCGGCGGCGCAAACCAGCCAGGAUGAUCCUGACCCCUCUGACUUGGAUUUUUAGAUACCAAUGAUUCGUGUGAAUUGACUACCCGCGAUGAGGUAGAGUCAAAAUAUUUCAAAUGUCCAGCCAAAAAAAGCAAAAAGAAACAAAAGUCUGUGUUUGAUGUCACUGAGAAUGAACUUCCCGAAGCCACCCGACUCAUCCUGCAAGAGCUACAAUU